AUGUGGUCCAAUGCUUUGUGCACGCUAGGCGUGACAAAGCCGCUCUGCAAUUGUCUGAGCAUCAGACAAGUGGCAGCCGCGGCCGCAGCAGCAGCGGCGACGCAGGGCGGCGCAGCAAUAACCACCGGACCUGGACCAACGGCAGCGGGAAAUGUAGCUGGGGAGUCUCGCGGCAAGCGACCAUUGAAAAUCUGGGACAGUUGGCGUAAUGUACGUAAAGGAGUCGUAGUUGGUACGUUUGAGGAGCUCUUGGUGCGGGGCAAAGACAAAUUAGGGGUUCCUGCUUCAGAACCUGUACGUGUUGUUCUGGAGUGUGAUGGAACCCAAAUCGAGGAUGGCGAAUACUUCCGAACGCUGGCCAAUAACACGGUAUUGUUGUUGUUGAGGCAAGGUGAGCGUUGGUAUCCGACUGGGGUGGAUGUCAUAAAGGCUGCCAUAUCAGCUAUACCGAAAAUCGUCUGUGAGACGAUCCAUGCACUGGAACUGCACGAUGAGACACCAUCGUGGAAGAUUAUGGAUAACAAAGGGCGUGUUACGGUCGUACUGCACUGGGAUCAGCGGCAGGGUGGUGGGGGCGGAGGCGGCGGCGGGGGCGGUAGCAGCAGUGGCGGUGGCGGCAUGUGUAUGGGGGCCGGUCUUGGCAGCAGCAACGGACUGCUGUCUUCCGACAAAUAUUCGCCCUCCAAGAAGGGUCUCUCUGCGCAGAGUUCGCUGGACAACAAAUCGGUAUCAUCACAAUCGUCACAGCCUCGCUACGCCAGCCCACAAAUAACCGUCAUCAGUGAUGAUGGGCCGGCGAGUAUAUACCAUCCGGGCGGCGUGGUUCUGCCGCCAGGCGUUGUGAUACCUGGCACCAGUCGCCGUCUCUCCAAGCAGGGCGGAUCUUUUGACAGCGCGGUAGGCGCCGUUCAUGUGCACACCCCUGAAUGCGCCCAUCAUGCGCAUACGCCCAGCCGCGCAGGCAGUCCAAGCACCACAGAAUGUGAUUUCCAUUGCUGUGCACUGCACGAGGAGGGACGCAAAAUAGCCGUACACAAGAGCGUAGCCACCUCACCCAUACAGGACGGCAGCAGCAGUCCACAGCCCCAGCAACAGCAUCAACUGCAGGCGCAUCAGACCACACUCGCAAUGUCAUCGGUUAUGGAUCCUAUGUUGGGAGGCAGCGGAAGCAUGCAGAGACGUUCCUCGGGCGCCAAGGGUCAUGUUCGUUUUCUGGACAUCGCACCAGAGCGCGACAGCUCGGAGAGUGAGACGGAGAACACUGUAAUGGAGGAUGAUAAGACGACUACGGAAAAGUUUCUGCUGCUCAUAGAUCAGCUGUCCGUAGAUCAGAAGCGGCAUCUUAGCAUCAAAGACAUUGGAAUCAUACUGGAGCGUCUCAACUCAAAGAUCUUGGAUGUGGAGCGUUUGGAUCGUGAGUCUGAGUCGGACGACUGUUACAAUUGGACGAUAAAGGCCACAAUACGUGGCGAUGCGUUGCGGGAGCUGGGCGUUAUCUAUAAUGGCAACUACUAUGCCAUAUCCGAGCAUCCUGGUUACAAAGAGGAGCUUGAGGAGAACGGUGAGGAGGUGGAGGAGGAGGAUGAGGAGGACCGAAUAUAAGGGGAAACAAGAUGAAUACCAUGCAAGCGAUAAUAGUAAGUUAAAAAAUAAAUAAAUAAGUGAAAACAAAAACACACAUUCAACGUUAUGGCAUACCAAACAAUUCAUAGUAACUAAAUAUUAACACAAAGUGAGAAAGAAACCAACCCCAGAAAAAUGAAUAACAUUGAAGUAUCAGUAACUAGCGCAUUUUAGAAGAAGUAACCAAGACGAUUAUAUACAUACUACAUUAAAAAUGAAAUACAGAUAAAGAAAGCAACCGCACAUUGUACAAUAGUGAAGUAAGCAUCAAAAUGAUUUAACAUUUUUGGACAACCAUAACAACAAAUGCAAAAUUUAACAAAACUGAAUAGAGGGAGAACUCACGAGUAGCUUGAAAACAUUGCAAAGCAUACUAUACGAGUAUUUCGUGGCUAUUAGCUACUUGACAUACAUGCUAUAUAGUUUCAAACCGAUGUUAGAGAGCGCCACAGAAAGUAAAACCGAAUCGAGGCGAAGAAAGUCGACGAAAUGCACUUUUCAAAUCCUAAUUUUGACUUCGAACACAUACAUACAUACACACCCAGGCACACACACGCACACACACACACACACAUUUUUAAGGGAAACUUGCCUUAUUUAGUAGUAAACCCAAUUUCUAACUAAGUACAUAGAGAGUACGAAAGGCUUCUGACAUACGAACCAGACUAUAAACAACAACAAUCUGAGCACGACGCGACGACAGUGACAAACAUAAAUUACACAAAAACUAAGAAGUUCAUUAAAAUCAUCAGGUUAGUAAGACUAUAGCGAACUGCUCAAUUUUCCAAUAGAUGUCCUUAUGUAAAUUGAUGUUGUGUUACUUGAUGAGCUAUGUGAAUACAAAAGACAGAAGCAUAAAACAGCAACAUACACGUAAAUGAAAAAAUACGAAAACAAAAACGAUAAAGAAUACAAAUUUAAAUACAAACGAACCAAUCUCACAG